AUAUAGCUUACCAGGGACACCCAAAAGCACACAGAACACACACUGCUCAAAAAUAGCUCGCAUUCUUUGAAGUUCCCUAUUCCAUACUGAUUUCAGGUUUUGCUGGUAAGGGGGCUAAUGAAGGUGGGAAGAAUGGGGGGAAGAUUGAUAUCCCUGAUGGGGUUUGUCGUAUUUUUGUGUUUGUGGGCUGCUGGAGUUGCAGAAGGAGCUGUUUACUUGAAGUAUAAAGACCCAAAGCAGCCAAUAGGUGCAAGAAUAAAGGACUUGAUGAGCAGAAUGACUCUUGAAGAAAAGAUUGGACAGAUGAGUCAGAUUGAGAGAAAGCUAGCUUCAUCUGAUAUCAUGAAGAAGUAUUUCGUAGGGAGUGUUUUGAGUGGUGGAGGGAGUGUUCCAGCACCUAUGGCCUCUGCUGAAACUUGGAUCAAUAUGGUAAAUGAGUUUCAAAAAGGUUCCCUUUCUACCCGCCUUGGAAUUCCUAUGAUAUAUGGAAUAGAUGCCGUUCAUGGGCACAACAACGUCUAUAACGCUACAAUCUUUCCUCACAAUGUUGGCCUUGGGGUCACUAGAGACCCACAACUCCUGAAGAGGAUUGGCGCUGCAACUGCACUUGAAGUCAGAGCAACUGGGAUUCCUUAUACUUUUGCUCCCUGCAUUGCGGUGUGUAGGGAUCCUAGAUGGGGUCGCUGUUAUGAAAGCUAUAGUGAAGAUCACAGAAUUGUUCAAGCAAUGACUGAGAUCAUCCCCGGGUUACAAGGAGAUGCUCCUGCUGGUACACCCAAAGGUGUUCCUUUUGUUGCUGGAAAGACAAAAGUUGCUGCUUGUGCCAAGCACUUUGUGGGAGAUGGUGGCACGGUCAAGGGCAUUGAUGAGAACAACACCGUGAUUGACUAUAAGGGACUGCUUAGCAUUCACAUGCCUGCAUAUUUUGAUGCUAUCAGAAAGGGUGUAGCUACUGUGAUGGUUUCUUACUCAAGCUGGAAUGGAAAGAGAAUGCAUGCUAAUCAUGAUCUUGUGACAGGCUUCCUCAAGGACAAACUCAAGUUCCGGGGUUUUGUAAUAUCAGAUUGGCAGGGUAUCGACAAAAUUACAGACCCACCCCAUUCCAAUUAUGUUUAUUCUGUCCAAGCUGGAGUUCUUGCAGGAAUUGACAUGGUCAUGCUUCCUGAGAAUUUCACAGAAUUCAUUGAUGAUCUAACCUCUCUAGUGAAAAAGAACGUCAUUCCCAUGAGCCGGAUUGAUGAUGCUGUUAAACGAAUCUUGAGGGUUAAAUUUACGAUGGGUCUCUUUGAGAACCCGUUGGCUGAUUUAAGCCUGGUACAUCAACUGGGGAGCCAGGAACACAGAGAACUGGCAAGGGAAGCAGUAAGAAAGUCACUUGUGCUUCUAAAGAAUGGUAUUGAUAAUCAGCCAUUGCUUCCUCUUCCUAAGAAAUCGCCAAAGAUUCUUGUUGCUGGAAGUCAUGCCAAUAAUUUGGGUUAUCAAUGUGGAGGCUGGACCAUAGAAUGGCAGGGACAUGGUGGCAAUGACCUCACAGUAGGAACCACAAUCUUGACUGCCAUAAAGAACACAGUUGAUCCAUCAACGCAAGUUAUCUAUAAUGAAAAUCCAGACGCAAACUUUGUUAAGUCCAACAGUUUCUCCCAUGCUAUUGUUGUUGUUGGUGAGACACCAUAUACAGAGGGGGCUGGUGAUAGCCUGAACCUGACAAUACCUGAACCUGGUCCAAGCACCAUAAAAAAUGUCUGCGGCUCUGUCAAAUGCGUUGUUGUUAUCAUCUCAGGCCGCCCAGUUGUAGUCGAGCCAUAUCUUUCAAGUAUAUCUGCAUUGGUGGCUGCUUGGCUUCCAGGGACUGAAGGACAGGGAGUAGCCGAGGUUUUGUUCGGUGACUAUGGUUUCACUGGCAAACUUGCAAGAACUUGGUUCAAGUCGGUGGAUCAGCUCCCCAUGAAUGUUGGUGAUCCUCAUUAUGAUCCUCUAUUUCCUUUUGGAUUUGGUCUUACAACAAAACCUACAAAGGGCAACUAAAAUGUAACAACUGGCGUAUUCAACAUAUUCCUUGAGCCUAUAUUAGGCUAGGUGGCUCCAAUUUUUUAGAGGCAGUAAAACUAUUCUAUUUACAACAGUUGGUUUGGUUACAGGAAACCAAUCCAGAUCUGCAGGUACGAGUGGUUGUUAUCACCAACCACUUAAUUUAACCACUAAAUCAUGUGGUGUGAUUGCAAUGUUUAUGCUAUAGAUGUUAAGCUUAAAGUAUCUGUUGCAUUCUGCAUUCGUUGUAUAGAGUGCAGCAAGUUUCUUCAGGAAGAGGUCAAUCCUGCAAUAACAAUUAUCUGUAACUUUUCUAUAGGGCCUUGAGAAUUAGGCAUGAUUGUAAUUUCUGGUUCUUUUGUAAUGCAGCAGAGUCUUUACAGAUUUAGUUGGUAACUAUAGGUAAUCUGAAAGAACAUGUCUGAAACAUGACACAGUCA